GCCCCCCCGCCCCGCGCCCGCAGCUGGCGAGCCGGGCGAGGAGGGCGGCUCGCGCCGCCGGCACGGCCCCGACGCCCGCGCGAGGUGUCAUGAAACAUCUUGUUCAUAAGCAUAUACAUAAGGAAUGCUCUUGGCACACCUUGAUAAGUCACUUUGGCCCGAACAUCGAUUGCCUCUUGUAAAAACCUAAAUGGCAGCUCAGAAAAGGAAGUCUGCGUUAGUAGAGCCUUCUGCUAAACGUCCAAAGCUGGACAAGAACAGCAGACCAUCAUCAGCAAAGAAGGAAAAAGAGGUGUCAGAUACAAAACAUGUCUCAAAUAAAUCAAAGUCUAAUCAGUGUGCCGCGCAGGAGAAAACUGUACUCAGAACCUCUGUCAAAUCAAACAGUAACAACAGCAACGAACCUGAAGUAGGAAUGCACAUGACUACAAGAUCAUCGGGGUUCAACUCAAAUAAUAAACCAAUACCUGACAAAAAAGACCAACAGCAGCCGAAAUCUACAAAAAGCAAGGAGGUAUGCCAGAAGAAAUCUGUGCAAGAAAUUCCUAAGUCAAAAUGCGUAGCUGCUCCAAACGAGCCUGGUGCGAGGAGAUCCCAGAGACUGCAGCAGUUCACACAUGUAGAAGUACCAGCAAGAUCCCGUCGUAAUAGAGAAGUUAAAGAAGAAGAACCUUUGGAAGUCAAACAAAGUAGCCAGGCAAAAAAAAAUGCACACAGUGUUACAGCAAAAGUAGUGAAACCUGCUGGAGCGAAAACAGAGCAGAAAAAGACAAAAACAAAGCCAAACAAUGCAAAUGAAGAUAAAGAAAUACAUGUAGAAGUAACCAGCUCUCUGAAAGAGAAAAAGUGUAAAGCAGACAGCAAAACCGGUAAUUCCAACAGCCUUCAACCCAGUGUUCAGGAGUCGUCACUGUGUCACGAUGACAGUCUCAAGGAAGUUAAGAAAGACCAAAUGGGCCCUGUAUCUCCGAAUCCUAGCAACACAAAGAAAGUGGAAGCAGAUUCUCCUAAGCCAAAUUCUAAGACAGUCACUAAGGAAAAGCAACAAAUGCAUCAGAACAUAAAAACCAGUACAAAGCCAAACAAGGUUUCACAGCCAUCUGUAAGUGAAGCAACUGUAGCUGAUCAGCCAGAGAACGAUGUAAAAUCCAAAAGAGUAAGCAUCCUGGAACUUUGUGAAGAAAUUGCAGGUGAGAUCGAAUCAGAUACAGUAGAGGUGAAAAAAGAUUCCCCUAAUGCUGAGUGCGGAAAACCAGAAGAAAAGCCUGCUCAAGUACAGCUGCAACAGAGUGAAACGCUUCCUCAGAAAGAACCUAGUCAAAGUACUCAAUGCAAACGUUUUUUCCCUAGCAAAAAAGGAAUGCCUGUCAAGUGUACUCUGAACGGUAGAAAUAACUCCUCAAACAAGAACUCUAAAUGGACCAAAAUUAAAUUACUGAAAGCAAAUAACAUGAAGCAAAGUAACUUGCAUUCUGCAAAUGCCCCCAAGCUUUCUUUGUUAAAAAAUUACCCUGAAGUUUCAGAGGCAAGUCAAAUAGCCCCAGAAGCACAGCUUUCUAAGGCACAAAGCAAGCCGUCCCUAACAAGACUCUUGGAGAAUGAGAGUCCAGCUUGCGUGCAGGAUAAAUCAGACCCUUCAUCUGAAAGAGCUGGAAGUAAAGAAGUGGCAUUAGAAAUAAAACAGCCUGCAAAAAGAGGUGCGGAAAACGGUUUAUUGCGUAACUUGACAAAACAUUUUUCUGAGCCGCGACCAGAUGAGAGCUUUCAGUUAUGUUUGGAAUCAAGUCCAGAAAGCUCUCCCAUAAAGUAUCUUACAGCUCCUAAACCACCAAAACAAAUAAAAAAAGAACCUGGAGAAAGUGAGCCACAAGGUUUGGCUCCCAAGCAGGUGACGCAAACUUCAUCUACAAAUCAAACUUCUGAAACUGAGAGCAGGGUUCCAUUGACAAAUCCUUCGUUAGCAUCAAAGUGCAGUAACUUCCUACCAUCUGAGGAACAUAUUCAAAAGCUAAAAGAAGCAGGAAAAGAUGGCGAUAAGCAGCUAAUCAUAGAUGCAGGACAGAAGAGAUUUGGUGCUAUUUCCUGUAACAUUUGUGGAAUGCUUUAUACGGCUUCAAAUCCGGAGGACGAAACCCAACACCUGCUCUUUCAUAACCAGUUCAUAAGUGCUGUAAAAUAUGUGGGAUGGAAAAAGGAGAGAAUUCUGGCUGAAUAUCCUGAUGGGAAGAUAAUAAUGGUUCUUCCUGAUGACCCAAAAUAUGCACUUAAAAAGGUUGAAGAAAUUAGAGAAAUGGUAGACAAUGACUUGGGAUUUCAGCAAGCUCCGCUCAUGUGUUACUCUAGAACUAAAACUCUUCUUUUUAUUUCUAAUGACAAAAAAGUUAUUGGCUGUUUAAUUGCAGAACAUAUCCAGUGGGGCUACAGAGUUAUAGAAGAGAAGGUCCCAGAAGUUAGUUCAGAAAAUGAAAAAGUCAUAUUUGAAAGACAGAAAGCAUGGUGCUGUUCAACGUCACCAGAACCUGCUAUCUGUGGGAUUAGUCGAAUAUGGGUAUUCAGCAUGAUGCGUCGAAAGAAGAUUGCUUCUCGGAUGAUAGAGUGUCUUAGGAGCAACUUCAUAUAUGGCUCAUACUUAAGUAAAGAAGAAAUUGCUUUCUCUGACCCCACUCCUGAUGGAAAACUUUUUGCGACGCAGUACUGUGGCACCGGCCAGUUCCUAGUAUACAACUUCCUCAAUGGACAGCAUCAGACUUAACUGCUCCUGAAGGAAUUCUCUUUUUAUCGGGAGACUUCUGCCAAAAUGUACUGAAUCGGUGCAGACCUUACGCAGAAGCCAGGGCCAUUUUUCUUACCGUGAACUCAGGACUGGUAACAACCAAAAGGUUGUACUAUUUUAUUAAAAUUGUAAACAAUGCAGUAAUAGGCUAACUUUGUUUUUUUAAAAGAAAGAUAUUUUAUUAACUUUUACAGAAGUUUGAUUGUAUUUUAUCUAGUUAGUCAUGUUUACAUGCAGCAGAAAAUUGUUCAUAGUGGACUGUAAACUAAAAUGCAAAGACUAUAGUCUCACUGAUGAGUACCUGCUGAAGUUCUUAACGUGGUGAUAUACCAGUGCUUAAAUACCACGGGUGGGUGAGGCAGCAGAGUCCAAGCCUGAGCUCCCUCACACCAGGGCAGGCGGCGUUACAGCGCAGUGGCCAUGGGCAGUAACCUGGCAGGCUGUACGGUGGCUCCUGGUGUGCAUCCUGCGCACGGCCGGGUGUAAGGGCAGAGGGGGAAACUCGUUUUACCUCCCGUCUCCCCCAGAGCAGCUGUCGAGCGAGAGGUGGAAUGAAACCCCCAAGGACCGGUGUGCUCUUCGCUUUCCUGCAAGUGCUGUACUGAGUAUAUACCGUUGUUAGCGGACUUCACUUUGAUACUUGUCACUCCUUCAUAAAGCUCUCCUCUUUUAAAGGGUUUGUAUGUUGAAAAACUGCUGUGGCCUUUCUUGAUCUGUACAUAAUGUAGAUAGAUUAAAAAUAAAAUUCUUGAUAGCUUUUUUUAAAGUUACUCUGUAUUGAUACCGAGUGUGAAUGAAUCUUCAGUGUAUUCUAUACUUCUGUUUAUGUGAGGUAUUACCUUAGCAGCUAAAGGCAGCUGCUGUGUGUUUUGAAGCACUCCUUGGAAAAUGGUCACUGCAUUCUUACCUGCUUGGGAGUGGAAUCAUCCGAUUGACAACGCGUUUGCAUUGCAUGCUUACGGUCGGUUCCAGCAGCUGUGGCUCAGUACCCACCUGCUAUGAGGUAAGAUGGGAGGUGAUAAUUUCAGCCUUGAAAAAUGGCUUAAAAACCCUACUGUGGGAUGGGUAAGAUUCAGGUGAAAUUUAAACUUUUGGUUUGUUGUAAUUUUGGAACUUAGAGUGCAGUUAGGCUGCACUGGUUUGUACUAUACUGCACACUGCCCACACAUCUGCCCUUGACCUUGGUCUAGGGCUAAGCAAAGAACCAGUGCCACCUCUGAAACAUCGUUUGGUGGGCUUGAAAAUGAAGUGGCUGAUGUGUGAAUUCUAGCCUGCAGAGGCCACGACUGGUAGGUUUUCAAGGGGAUUGUGAGCCGUACCGCAAAGGGCUUUGUCAGAAAACUGGUUCACAGAAAGCCUAAAGGUGACGAGGUUGGUAUUCACAGCUUGCGUACCUCCUACCUGUUGUAUGUCUGACACAAGGCUGCUCUCAGAUCACAAGUACCCAGCCUGAAAAAUCUGUAGUAUUGGCACUAUGCUGAACUAACCUUUUUGUAACGUCGAGUAGCGUUCAGUGUAGGACUACGAUGCAAGUUUCUCAGGUAUAAGCACUAUGUUUUAAGACAUUUAAAAAAAAAAAAAACUGUCUGGUGCAAACAGUUAAAAUAGAGGCAGUCUUAAAUGGUAACUU